AUGGGGAUUAUGAGAGUAGUAUUUGCGAUGGUUCUGGUUGUUGUGGUGAUCGUUGUAAGUCCUUGUUUGGUUAAUGGGAGAAACUAUUUUCAUGAGAAGACAAUGGAUGUUGAUGGCAUCAACUCUACCGAUACCGAUGAAGUUUUACGUGGAGAUAAUAGUUCUGUGGAAGACUCAAGUGGAAGCAAGAUAGGGUACUCAUCUGAAAAUGUAUUAGUUGAAAGGAAGCUCAGUAAGAACAAUGGUGGAAAAGGAGGGGGUGCUGGAGGAGGAGGAAAUGGAGGGGGAAAUGGAAGAAGUGAACAUAGAGGGAGCAGAAAGGGGAAUGGUGGAGGUGGAGGUGGCGGCGGAGGAGGAGGAGGUUCAGGUGGAGGUGGUGGGGGUGGAGGAAGUGGACAAGGUCAUGGAUGGGGAGGGGGAAGCGGUGGAGGUGGAGGAGGAGGAGGCGGCGGUGGUGGAGGAGGAAAUGGUAAUCAUAAUGGUCAUGGUCAAGGUGGUGGUGGUGGAAGUGGCGGAGGUGGUGGUAGAAGUGGAGGAGGUGGUGGAGGAGGUGGCGGUGGUGGAGGAGGAAAUGGUCAUGGUCAAGGUGGUGGUGGUGGAAGUGGCGGAGUUGGUGGUAGAAGUGGAGGUGGUGGUGGAGGAGGUGGCGGUGGUGGUGGAGGAGGAAGUGAUGGUGGUGAAGGAUGGGGUUGGGGUGGAGGAGGAGGAGGAAAUGGUAAAGGGAAUUUUAAAUGUUGGGUUUGGGGAUGUGGUGGGGAAAGAAAAUCAGAAGAAAGAAAUGGAAUUCGUUCUUCCAACUCCAAGGGAUAA